AUGGCCAAAUUAAGUGAAUAAACUGAAAGAUUUGACGAAAUGUUAGAUUAUAUGAAAAAAAUACUGGAUAUGUCAAAAGAAUUAAAAGACGAAGAGAGAAAUUUAUUAUCUAUAGCAUAUAAAAAUUACGUAUCAUAAAGGAGAACAGCAUGGCGUAUCAAAAUACUCGGACACAAUAAAAUAUUAUUUAAAAAAAUUGAAUCUGAAAUGGAGAAAGCAUGUACUGAAAUUCUUUAAAUUUUGGAUGUUUCACUAAUUCCAAAUUCAUCAUCAGCGGAAGCUAAAAUUUUCUAUUAUAAAAUGAAAGGAGAUUAUAACAGAUAUUUAAGUGAAUUUUCUUCUGGUUAAUUAUUAUAAAAAGCCUCUUCUGAAGCUAUUCGUUCUUAUGAAGAUGCCAUUAAUAUUUUGGAUUAAAAUAAUAUCAGAAAAGAUGAUGCUUUGAGACUCGGAAUAUCUUUAAAUCAUUCAGUUAUGUAUUAUGAGAUUAAAGAUGAUUUAAAAUCUGCAAUUAAAAUUGCAAAAUAAGCUUUUUAAGAUGCACUUUAAGAAUUAGAAGAUAUUGAAGAAGAAAAGUAUAAAGAUUCUACUACUAUAAUGCAACUUCUAAGGGAUAAUUUGACUGUAUGGUAGAAUGAAUUAGAUGAAUAAAAUGAAAGAAAUAUGUUAAAAUGA